CUGAAUAUAGAAUGCUAAUCCUCUCUCCUUUCCAAAACCAAGACAGACAAUUUUCCCACAGAGCCCAAUUACAUGGGCAGCAGGCAGCAGUUUGUUCAAAGUAGUUCCACGUUCAAAGAUCCAGAGAGGGUUAGUUUGAGGGACAGCGGACAUGGAGACAGUGACCAAGCCGACAGCGAUCAGGAUACUAAUAAAGGUUCCUGCUGUGACAUGUCUGCCAAGGAAGCACUCAAGAUAAAAUCUACAACAACCAAACCCCCAGUCCCUGAACAAGAGAAGGAGGACUGUGUCAACUGUACAGAUGAAUGUCGUGUCUUGGGUCAUUCAGAUAAAUGUUGGAUGCCUCAGUUCCCUGUCUCCAACCAAGCUGAAUGUUCAGAUUAUCGCCGCAAUCUUUUUGUACCGGCAGUGGAGGCCACAGUUGAAUCUGAAACUCCAGAAAGCACGGUUCCUGCUGGGAAAAAAACUUUCUGUACUUUUGGCAAGGACAAACGAGAGCACACCAUUCUUGUUGCAAACGUUAAACCUUAUUUAAAAGCAAAGCGUGCUCUAAGUCCUCUCUUGCAAGAGGUCUCAUCAGCUGCAAGUAGUCCAGACAAGACUUCAAUUGCAGGCAGUAACAGCUCAAGUAAACGACCUAUGGGUGCAUUUGAGGUGAAGCAGAAAAUGGCCGACACAUCAACAGAACCAACCGCCCAAUAUUUACCAACUGAUACCCACUACCCAUCACCUGACAAACAGCGCGAUAGCCACUUCAUAACACCUGAAGCGGUGGCGACGGUCUUUGCAGAUGUACACUCCAGAGCUGGCCGGGAGUUCAAUGAAGUGGACACUGUCUUGGACCAGUAUGAACCCACCAGCCGGGACCCCGCUCGAGAAGGUGUUGACGCCGAGCAAGUGGUUCGAGAAAUUGACAAGCUUUUACAAGAUUGUCGAGGGAGUGACCCUUCAACUGUGAGAAAGUGAACACUAUUAUUUGUGACAGUUGACUACCUUUCUUCUAAAGGAAGAAUCACUCAGAAGUAUCGAGACAGCAUUUUUUUUCAGGUGAUGAAGCACCAAUUGCAGAAUACAAGGAAAGAUGAUGCUGGUUAAUGUCUGUGAGUUAGAAUUCAAAGUGUCCAUUUGUGCACGUUUCUUUUUUUGUGUCUAAGGAAAUAGAAAAUACUUGCAUUUUCACCAGAAUAGUUGUGAAAAUUUGCUAUGUUUCAUUCGCUGAAUUGACAAUCUUAAAAUGUGCCCUCCCUGAGAUAAAGAAAUAGAAAGUGCAGGUGUUGUCAAGUUGACCAGUGAAUACAGCUCUGCAUAUUAAAAACAAAUGUUUAACAGAAAACAAUGCAGGGCAGAACUGAUGACAAGCAGAUAUCAGCUUUCCAGUAAACAUUGCAAAUCUUUAAUUCAGAGUGUACAGUUAUUGUCAGCUGAUGUAGGUGUCCUUAUGAAUUAGGUUUAUCUGCAGUAAUCAUUGCACCAUUGAUUGUCAUCACAUAGAAUAUUUCACUCUGGAUCAUUAUGCAAUGAUGCACAUCUUGAUAUUUUGUAUAAAACCACUUUUAAAAAUUUCUCCAAAAUGUGUUCUACAAACACAACAUUUGCCCCAUGUUCUCAAAACUAAUACAAAAGAACUACAAAAUGGUUAUUCUGGUUAUUCUCUAAGCUGUCCUACCAAAGAGUGACAUUUUAGUGUCCAGUUGUUUAAAUUCCUCCUCUCCAUUUUAGUCAUCAAAAUGUUGUCACCAUAUUAUUGUCCAAUGGUAAAAUAUAUUGUGUCCCAGAUGAAGAAGUACUGUUCCAUAUUUGUAGAUGGACACUAAAAUGACUCGUUAAGGGGAAUACCUAUUAAGUACUAGCAAAGCAAAACAUAUUGAUGUGCAAAUGUAAGAAUCAUCGAGUGUUUACACUGAAUCUAGCUUUUUAAUUGAUUUAUUGCAAUAUCAGUGCAUAUGAGCCAAACUUGUUAGUUGUACUAAGAGCUAUAUUGUGUAUUUUAUUAAAUUAAUAUAUAGUUGUGUUGCAAAAUAUUUGGGCUUAUAUUGUAUUUGGCAAAUGUUGCCUUAGUAGCUGUCGAACUCUAUGAGUUUAAUUUCACAAUUUUCUCCUUUUUCCCUUUGGAACGUGGGAAGCAGUGUACACAAGCAGAUUCUGUUUAACAAGCCAAUAUUGUAUGCUUCAAAGUAAUCCUUCAAGUAUAUCAACCAUUCAAAGUAUGGUGACUGAAUUAGAAUUGUGUAUUUGUCAGAAAUAUCUUGGAAUUGUCUCCAUAUUUUGAAAUGAUUCUAUAUUGUUGAGUUUUGUUUUUGUGUGCGCUGCAGUUUAUGUAGAAUUGACCAAUGUCAGGUUAACUCAGCUUGAUAGCUAAAGAGUAACAACACCUUAGUUUCAUAAUUGCUUGUAUAGAUUUGAAAAUUAAGAAAACCAACUUGAGCUGAAAACUCAAUUGUGAUGCUAUUUAGUCACUUUGCUGCCUCUUCGUUAUUAAGUAACAGUACUGUCCAUUUUCUGUAAAGUGUUUUUCAUUAAGUCCACAUCAACAUAAUAACAACAUAACCUCAACAUUUUAAUUAACAACAAAACAAAAGAAGUAAUGCUGAAUAGCAAUGAGGUAUUUGCACAGCGUCAUUAAGCUGUACUUUCAGGAUAUUUGUUUUCUCAUUUAAGUAGAAGUCACCAAGGUCAACAGCUAGUGCUGAUAGCCAACGUAAUAUACACCCACUCAUUAUUGUCUAAUGACAUUAUUUUGGCAUCAAGCAACAUUAAUCAGAGCAGUAUUCAGGAGGGAUUUUUGCUAUCAAGGUUUGUUGACUUGAAAUGUAAUUGAAUGAGUCCUGAUUGAGGUCCUGACUUUCCCAUCCCCCCUUGGUCCUUCAGCCAAUGCUCAACAUUUAUCAGUCCCUGUCACCCCAUAGGGCUCAGAGCUACACUGGGCAACUGGUGAGAACAGCAUAUGUUUUAUGGAAUAACUCAACUGCUAUUGUUAAAUGGCUGUGUUUUAAUGUGAUCUAUCUGGAAAAUGAGGACAACGAAUUAAAGAAAUUACUAACAUCA